AUGGUGAAUAAACAAAAAAGUAAAUGUCAAUUGCGUCUGGAGGCCCGUUCCCGAGCCUGCUGCGCUCCCACCAGCGCCUCCUCGGAUCCGCAGCUUCUAGCCGCCGAAUUGCAGUCGCGUAUUGCACGUGCUAAUGAUAUUCGUGCCAUGCACACUCGACAACUAGCAGCUCGAGCUCGUGCGCGAGUCCAACAUGCCCAAGAGGUGGCAAGGGGGAUGCGCAUGAAGCGACAUGAAGAGAUUAGGGUUUCUCGUCAGUCAUCCAUUUCGAAAGUGGAAGAGGCGGCACGACGACGCCAUCAACAGCUGGUGCAACUGCAACUUCAAUGUAAAAAGCGAACCGAGUUGAUUACGGAAAAAGUCGAAUUGGUGCGCGCGAAUCAAAGCGACAGGGCGGACAGAGCACGACGUACACUCGCAGAUCAACUAGACGAGGCAACUCGUCGUCGUCACGAACAAACGCAACAACGUGUUCGCCGUCUGAUACAACGUUGGCAAAGCGUGGAAAGUGUGAAAGAACGGGCAACAAGGGUGAAAUAUAUCCAGCGGUGGUUCCGUCGCCACGUGGCAAACCGUAAAACGGCAACCGCGCUGCGAAAAGUGCAACAAGAUGUGAAAAAAGUGCUUUCUUGCUGGAAUCAGAUGAAAACGGCAAGUUUUGAAAAUUGUAUGAUUUUGUUGCAACAACGUACAGUGGUACAAGCUGCACAACAGCUGUUAAAGGUCUUGAUGGCUGAAGGUUUCGAUCACAGAAAAGUAAACAUUUUGGGGAAGAAACCUGUAGAAACGGAUACCAAAAGGAUGCGGCUGGUAUCGUCUCAAGGAGGUAUGAGUUUUCGGGUUUUGAUGAUGGCAGGAAUGAUUACGUGCCAUCCUAUGGACAUUAUGGGCCGUAAUCCAUCCAAGAGACUGCACUAUGCUGCUAGUGGGAUUCUAUCGAGUAUGGAGAAUUUGAUGCGCUGUUUGGAAGCAUCAGAUGGGUUUGAAAGAUCACAGGAACUGACACAAACGGUGGCAGGAUUGUCGGCGAGAUUCGCUUUUUAUACGGAGGCAUUUGCCCGUUGGAAGAAACGGGAUGCAGAGUGUUUGGCAGCGGAAUUAUUGACGACAUAUCGGGAGUUGAGUUUGGUGUACAGGAAGUAUGAGAUGCAAGCACAGGAAGCGCAAAAUGGAGUGGAUGGAGUCUAUGAACUUUUACGACAGACGCAGGGACAAUUGGUGCAAAUGCAGAUGGCGUUGGAAAAGUUGGUAGGCAGAGAUGAUGCUAAGCGGAAGGUUGUGGAGCUAGAGCAGAGUUUACGACAGGAAGACGGGGCAGGCAAUGCACCAGUGGAUGCUGAUGAUAUGUCAGUGAAUGUUGAGGGAGAUAACAAUCCAUUGUCGUCUGAGACCACCGCGGUAUCGGCGUCGAGACCGGUAAAUGUAGGUAAGAGAGGUGAUCAGGACAAAAAGGAUGACGAUAUGCGGGGACAUGAUGUGGCGGAUGAUAAAGUUUCUGGCGGAGAUCCACCGAGUGUCAACCAGGCUCUUCUUGCCGAUCCAAAACUUGUACACGAGUUGAUUAUGAACCCGCAUUUCCAGGUCCAAAGAGACAAGGAUGCGGAAGUAUCGGCUGCAGCUUUAGCGUCAAAGCACUCAGUAGCGGCGAUGGCUGUUCGUGUACGUAAAGCCAUGACGAAGGCCUUUUGGGACCGCGUGAUUGCGGCGAACGAUGUCGAGACGCUGCUUGCUCGUACGGAAGAGCUGCGCACGAUCUUUAGAGAUGCUCUGGCUGGUGGCAGCGGGACUAAUUCAGGGAUCGCAGUGUCAGCGUUGAUAGAUCAGGUGGACAGUGCACUUCACUCAGACCAACUUCGGAUGCUGAUGCAAGAUCCCAUGAGGAAUGUCCGCGCCAUUCACGCGCGGUGCAAUGGUGUUCUGGACGCCAUUGAGAAAGCGGAAGCACCAGCACGAGCUGCCAGCACGCGGGAAUUUCGAUCCGACUGGGCCAACCGUGUUGCGGCUGGUGUAAUGACCCCAGUCCAGUUGCUCGUAGCAUUCCUUGCUUUUGCUCUGGAUAAGGUUGACGAACUGCGCAUUGAUGUGCUGAACUCUCAUCUCGGUCUCCUGGGCGCAUUUCUACAGCAACAUGGCGUAGAGUACGAGCAGAAGCAGCUUUACAAACGGAUGUCGGAAUCUAAAAGUUUGGAUGUGACUUUUGCAAUGACGCAAAAAUGGUUGGGUUUGGAGAUGGAAGUCUAUCUAGCACGAUCAGAUGUUGAUGAAUCAGAGCAUGCUUGCCUUUUGCGUCACGAGGGUGGAGCAUUUAAGCGUUUUCUGCGCGCAAGUAUCUGGGCGCUGGUGGUGAAACAUAUCGAUGGAACUCCCACUCGUGUUUGGCCGGAAACUUUUAAACUGGAUGUGGAGCGCAUUCGUGCUUGUCGUGAUACACUUGAUCGCAUUGCAGUUGUUUCAAGUCUUCUUGCAUUGGUUCAAGACUACGUUGCUCGUCGCAGCCUAGCCACUCCUGCAGGAUUCAUUCACACUGUUGGCCAUCGGCUGAGCGCGCUGUUGCUCUCACCUGGAGUUUCGGGCGCACAGCUUGCUGCCCAAGCUUCCCAGGAUGUUCGUCAGUUGGAGAGUUCGGGUGACGAAGAUGUCCAACAAGAAUUGCAAGCAUUGGAGAAGCGUCUGCUCGGAUCUUUUGCUGCUGACAAUCCCGUAUUCAAGCUCUUCUUCUCACGAGCAUCUCGCGCUUUCGAAGCUUCAUUGCAGCAAGGCAAUGCAAUGGAUGAUCUGCAUCCAUCACUGGCGCCUUUUGCCACGGAGAUCAGUGAGACCUCGUCAGUGCUACGACGUCUUGCUCAGCACAAUGAAAACGUCUAUGCGUCACUGUACAACAAAAUUAUCAAGCGUCUGGUGCCCUCUCGUAUGUAG